AUGGUCGUUGAAACACAGCGCAAGUUACUCUACCAACUAGUCAAGCUUUUUAGUGCAAAAGAUGUGCUUGAAAUUGGUACCUUUACUGGUACUUCUGCUAUCGCCAUGGCGUUGGCUCUUUCCGAGGAAAAGCAAAGAAAUGGAUGUGGGGGCCAAAUCGUCUCGCUUGAAAUCGAUCCAAAAGCACAAGCAGUGGCACGAAAGUAUAUUGAAAAGCUCGGGCUUGAUGAUUGUGUGGACCUUCGAUUAGGUCCAGGAUUAGAAAGUCUUGCAGCCUUCGCAAAAGAGCAACCAGAACGGCAGUUCGACUUUGUCUUUAUCGAUGCUGACAAACCAGGAUACGUUGGAUACUAUGAUUUUAUCAUGGAUAAUAACCUUUUGUCUGAUCGAGGAGUUAUCAUUGCUGAUAAUGUCCUGUUCUUUGGACAAGUCCAUCGACAUGCCGGCUACGAUACUAGCGACAGUAACACGAUCCAAGCCUCAGAUUACAUCAAGGGUGUGGCUAAACAAAUGGAAAAGUUCAAUCAACAUGUGUCGCAGGAUCCCCGAACCCGGGUAGUUAUGCUACCAUUGUUUGAUGGCAUGUCUAUCAUUACCAAGAACAACAGUCAAGGAUCCCAUCCCAACAACAACAAAUUGUGA